UGGAACGGCCGGAAAUAGAACGGAUUUGGAUACUCCAAGAGGAGGAGAGGCGGCUGAGAAUCUUUCUUCUGUUCGUGAACGUCUUGGUGUUUUCAUGUCUCAUAACCCUUUUGGUGAAGACGGCAGUGGCUUUGGAAUAAAAAUAGUGUUCCUACAGAACGGGAAACAGAGCCUUUACCUUGUUCUUUUUAUUAAAACUUUUCAAAGCAAUGCAGAUACAAUCAGUUCAAUGGUUGUUCAGGUCAAAUCAGGGAUAUCAAAUGGAAUGCUUAAUGACACCGAGAUGGCUGCUGCCCUUGCCUCCGCCUCGAUCGUCUUCAAGGACGACAUUAACUACGCGGAGAAGUUGGUUCACGGGGCAAAUGUCAUCUACAACUUUGCCUUGUCCAUGAAAUCUACUCCAAAGGAUAGUGAUGACCUCAUUUUGGGUGCAACGUGGCUGUACUAUGCCACUGGAGAUCUAUAUAAUAUAUAA